AUGUCGUCAGUUUUUAAUAAGUGUCUUUUUUGCGUUAAAAGUAAAAAAAGGUGUGAUUAUUAUGGAAUGCCGGGAGAGUUCCGAUGUGAAAGAUGUGUAAAGAAGGAAGAAUGCCGGUUCUUAUGUGAAGUUUGUUGUGAAAGUAUUAAGGAUAGAAAUUUAUCAGACUCAUGCCCGAAUUGUAAAGUGGCUACAAAAGAACCACCUGAGAAGUGUGAUUUUAUUAUGGAUGUGGCUUAUCAAAAACUUUACCUUAGCAUUGAACGGUCAAAGUGCAAUCAUAAAAUUGAAAUUACUCCUAAUGAAGUGAAAAGAUGUACUACCUAUCUUGUAGCUUUUUCAAAUGCUUCCAGUCUUUCUGAAGCAUCCAUGGCACCCACUCCCACCUUACCUGUAUCGUGUACAUCAUUGUCACCUCAGCUUUAUGCACAAAACGCUUUUCAAUUUCCCGUCAAUCUUUUGAAUGUGCAAUCACAAACAUACGAUCCAAGAUUAAACACAAAUAUCUCACUGAACAGUAUUUUACCACGUUACAACCCAUCGCAGUAUUAUAACUCAAACAUACUUCAAUCAAAUGGCUUCCUACACAAUGGCUAUGAUCAAGAUACUUGGUUCACCGGCUGA